CAAUGACUAUGAGCCCACAUGACAGUCUGACAAUGGACAGGGUGACUGUGUGCACAGUAGCUCUGAUCACAGCUGUUUAUUCGGAGCAAAUUGUCAUUUUCAAACCACAAGUUGCACCUAUAAAGAUAAUAGAGAAAACUCCAGCCAAAAUCUCUUGUACCGUAAAGGAUGGUCAAGACAGUUCGACAUGGAGGUACAAAUGGUCCAUCGGGAAACAAAUCAUCGGCAGGAAAUCAAGGAUCUUACUGAGAGCCGACAGACACAGGUUCGACGAUGGAAAUCUGACGUGCACUGUACGGAAUAGCUCCAAUGUCGAAUACGGGAGUGCAGCUGUAGCCGUUAGUGUACAGUAUCCCCCCGAGGCGUUCAGUCAGAGGACGCAUCGUGUGUUCAGGGGUGAGGACGUCAGCAUCUGUCAUGGGAUUAGUGGCAACCCGCCCCCUGGGAUCGUCAAGUGGAAGAAGGUCGGUGUGACGUCACAGUGGAUAACCUCUGACUGUCGUCUUCGUCCAGUGAAUGAAUCCCAUUCUGGAGAUUAUCUGUUUGUCAUGAAGAACACAAUGUUUGACAACAUUCGCAAAGAAGAAAGGAUUGGUACAGGCGUGCAGCUUGUCCGCUUGCUGGUAUCAUAUGGUGCUCAGGUGAUGUGCCCCAGUAACUACACAGCUGUAGAGAACACCACGGCUGUGUUGGAGUGUCACGUAGAUGCUUACCCGGGUGCGAACAUCACCUGGUCCAGAGAAGGAAGCCAUGAAGCGCUACCACAGACUGGUUCCUCCCUCCGUAUCCCCCAUGCACAGCUGUCGGACGGAGGCAACUACACCUGUACGGCGUCCAACACCAUCAGCGACUACACAGGCAGAACCUACAAGAAGGAGGAUUCGUGCAUCAUACAUGUCAUCGUCAAAGUCAAUAUGUCAGACGGAGCAGCCCCAGAAACAACUUCCAUCUUUGAUCUCUACAAAAUCCACUUCAUAGCUGCUAGCCUUGGGACCGUCGUUCUCGCUUUUGUCGUCGUGGAUGUUGUCAAAUGCAUUCGGAGAAGGUCUAAACGUAAAGGGGAUGAUGUACCCGUGGAAGUGGAUGGGAGCGGUGACAGUCACAGCAUACACACCGGUGGAAAUAACAGGAAAGACUACGAUAAACCCAGCCCUGACAACCAGGUGCAGCAUCACUACAGGCAGGUCCACGCUGACGAUGAUGGUUGCUAUGGUAACGUGGUAACAGCUGACACCCAACAUUAUGGAAAUGUGUUCCCUGAGAACCAGUCAGGUUACUAUGGCAAUGUUACUGUACAGGAAGGCGAGAAUACGUGUUAUUAUGGUAACGAUGACGUUGUCAUGGAAACUCAUUCUCAUGAAUAUGUAAAUUUGUAAAUCAGCAAAUUCGAUGUGUCGACAUUGGACUUGCAUUCGUCAAAAAGGAAGCAUUUGGGAGGGUGGUUCUGUUUAUUUUUCUGUUACUUUCCUGUUUAUACUGUUAACAAAUGUGUUUAUUCCGAACAUUAUACACAGAACACCACUGUCUCCGUGAGCGGGUUUCCCAACACGAAAUUUCUGAGGGAUCGUUGAUUAUUAAAUAAUAUAGGAAAGGUAUUUUUAUUAAUGUUAGACAAUGGCAUUGUUGAUCCUAUAUAACAUGUCUCAUGUGUGAGACAUCUGGAGAUUUAUAGUUCAAAUGAAUCCGAUCCUGUACAGUGCGUUGGCAGUUUCCAGAAAACUUGUAAACCUCGUCAUCACUUAAAAGGAAGCAACGAUUCAUCAGGUCAGCAUUAUAUGACCUGGCAACAAUACUCGGAAAUAGGUCAUUAGAUUUACUGUGGGAUGCGAAAACAGAAAACACCAUGAUGGGCAGAUAGAGAUGCAAGUGUAUAGUCGGAUAUUUCCAUUUGACAUUGCAACAUUUCUUGUACUUUCAUGUGUGUUUCCUCAUGUCUAUAGACAUUAAUUAAACCGAACAUGGUGUUUGUGCAUGUGUAUUUGACAAACGAGUGGACCUAAUGAGUGUGGAGUCUAUUAUGGCUUUACAUCAUCAUCUUUGCUAGAUACGAUACGCCUAAAUUUGAAAUGGUUUUAAAGCUUCUUUUCAAAAUGUAUCGUGACCCUUUUUAUGCAUGUCGUAAGAGACGGCUAAUCGAUUGUGUGGUUACGUUCAAUAACCAUUGUAUGCUAUGGCAUCGUAUCUUAAGUGCGUAAGUCGAUGCUUGCUCGCUCACUCACUUUUGUCUUGUGUGUGUUUUAGUUUGAAAACCAUUUGGCAGUGAAUAACAUUUUUGAGAAUGGGACAAAUCGCAAAAAUAUCAUGACGCAAAAAUUUCGUGAUUUACAGUAUGUUGAUGAAUAUGUGAUGAAUAUAUAUUUAAAGGAGAAAAUAGCGUAUACACACGAGUGAAGAUUUGUCUAUGUCUUCGAUUCUAUGUGCGGUGCCUUCAGUGUAUUCGAUGUAUAUUAUUGCCUUCGUGUUUUGUGAUAGAUAUAUGAAUCUAUGUAUCCCUGCUUAUUACUGAUGUUGAAUUGCACAUCACAUUUCACUCAACACGUGAGGAGCCGCUGACCUAUCUGUACAGAAUAAAGCUAUAAACCAA